CCGCCGCCAUUUUCCAUGUUAUUCUCUUUUGCUUCACCGUGUUUCCUAAAAUAUUUAAUGCAGAAAUAUUAAUUAACCCGCAAAGUUUUGGUUAAUAAAUUCCCGACUACUCCAGGUUAGUGGAGGGGGGGGAGUUUAUCUCCAAAUUCUGCCGUGAAGACGCUCUACUUUGACCGCCAUGUACAUCAAACAGGUCAUUAUCCAAGGGUUCCGAAGUUACAGGGACCAAACAGUGGUAGACCCUUUUAGUCCAAAGCACAACGUCAUCGUUGGACGAAAUGGAUCAGGAAAAAGUAACUUCUUUUAUGCCAUCCAAUUUGUGCUCAGUGAUGAGUUCAGUCACCUACGACCGGAACAGCGCCUGGCCUUGCUUCACGAGGGAACUGGGCCUCGUGUCAUUUCGGCUUUUGUGGAGAUUAUAUUUGACAACUCUGACAACCGACUGCCGAUUGACAAAGAGGAAGUUUCCCUUCGACGUGUCAUUGGCGCAAAGAAAGACCAGUAUUUUUUGGACAAGAAGAUGGUGACUAAGAAUGAUGUCAUGAACCUUCUGGAGAGUGCUGGCUUCUCUCGCAGUAACCCCUACUACAUUGUCAAGCAGGGAAAGAUCAACCAAAUGGCAACGGCCCCUGACUCUCAGCGUCUGAAACUACUCCGUGAAGUGGCAGGGACACGAGUGUACGAUGAGCGCAAAGAGGAGAGUAUUUCUCUCAUGAAGGAAACGGAGGGAAAGCGAGAAAAGAUCAAUGAACUCCUGAAAUACAUUGAGGAGCGUCUGCAUACCCUUGAGGAUGAGAAGGAGGAGCUGGCACAGUACCAGAAGUGGGACAAGAUGAGAAGAGCCUUAGAGUACACCAUCUACAACCAGGAGCUGAAUGAAACCCGUGCCAAACUGGAUGAGCUAUCCUCAAAGAGAGAGACUUGUGGUGACAAAUCCAGACAGCUACGUGAUGCUCAGCAAGAUGCCAGAGACAAAGUUGAGGAGACAGAGCGUGUUGUUCGAGAAUUAAAGUCCAAGAUUUCUGCCAUGAAAGAGGAAAGAGAGCAGCUGUCGGCCGAGCGCCAGGAGCAGAUCAAGCAGAGGACCAAGCUCGAGCUGAAGGCCAAGGACCUGCAGGACGAGCUGGCAGGCAACAGUGAACAGAGGAAACGUCUGCUGAAGGAACGGCAGAAGCUGCUGGAGAAAAUUGAAGAAAAGCAGAAAGAGUUGCAGGAGACUGAGCCCAAAUUCAAUAUGGUGAAGGAGAAAGAGGAGCGUGGGAUCUCCAGACUGGCCCAGGCUACACAGGAGAGGACAGAUCUGUACGCCAAACAGGGCCGUGGUAGCCAGUUCACCUCCAAGGAGGAGAGGGACAAGUGGAUUAAGAAGGAGCUGAAGUCUCUGGACCAAGCUAUCAAUGACAAAAAGAGGCAGAUUGCAGCCAUCCACAAAGACCUGGAGGACACGGAGACCAACAAGGAGAAGAAUCUGGAGCAGUACAAUAAACUAGAUCAAGAUCUAAACGAAGUCAAGACCCGUGUGGAGGAGUUGGACAAGAAGUAUUAUGAAGUGAAGAACAGGAAAGAUGAACUGCAGAGUGAAAGAAACUACCUGUGGCGUGAGGAGAACGCAGAACAGCAGGCUCUGGCCGCCAAACGAGAGGACCUGGAGAAGAAACAGCAGCUCCUUCGAGCUGCCACUGGGAAGGCCAUUCUCAAUGGUAUCGACAGCAUUAACAAAGUCCUUGAGCAUUUCCGUCGAAAGGGCAUCAAUCAGCAUGUAAUCAAUGGUUAUCACGGCAUUGUGAUGAAUAAUUUUGAGUGCGAGCCUGCUUUUUACACCUGUGUGGAGGUGACUGCCGGUACCAGGCUGUUCUACCACAUUGUGGAGACUGAUGAAGUCAGUACCAAAAUACUGAUGGAGUUCAACAAAAUGAAUCUCCCUGGGGAAGUCACAUUUCUGCCCCUGAGCAAGCUCGAUGUCAGGGACACUGCCUACCCAGAGACCAAUGAUGCCAUCCCCAUGAUCAGCAAGCUGCGUUACAGCCCCAACUUUGACAAAGCUUUUAAGCAUGUGUUUGGGAAGACACUGAUUUGUCGCAGCAUGGAGGUGUCCACCCAGUUGGCCAGAGCUUUCACUAUGGACUGUAUAACCCUAGAGGGUGACCAGGUGAGCCACCGUGGAGCUUUGACAGGAGGAUACUACGAUACCAGAAAGUCUCGUCUAGAGUUGCAGAAAGAUAUGAGGAAGGCUGAAGAGGAACUGGGUGAGCUGGAAGCCAAGCUCAAUGAAAACCUGCGUAGGAACAUAGAACGCAUCAACAAUGAGAUUGAUCAACUAAUGAAUCAGAUGCAGCAGAUUGAGACACAACAGAGGAAGUUUAAGGCGUCCAGAGAUAGUAUUCUGUCAGAGAUGAAGAUGCUGAAGGAGAAGAGACAGCAGUCAGAGAAGACGUUCAUGCCCAAGCAACGUAGUCUUCAGAGUCUGGAGGCCAGCCUCCAUGCUAUGGAGUCUACCAGGGAGUCCCUGAAGGCUGAGCUUGGUACUGAUCUGCUCUCUCAGCUCAGUCUGGAGGACCAGAGGCGUGUUGACGACCUCAAUGAUGAGAUCCGUCAGCUCCAACAGGAUAACAGGCAGUUGUUGAAUGAGAGGAUUAAGCUGGAGGGCAUCAUGACCAGAGUGGAGACUUAUCUCAAUGAAAACUUACGGAAGCGUCUCGACCAAGUAGAACAGGAGUUAAAUGAGCUGCGAGAGACUGAGGGAGGCACAGUGCUCACAGCCACAACCUCAGAGCUGGAUGGCAUCAACAAACGUGUCAAAGAAACUUUGGCCCGAUCAGAAGAUCUGGACUCUCUGAUUGACAAGACAGAAGGAGAGAUCAAGGACCACAUAAAGAGCAUGGAGCGCUGGAAGAACAUAGAGAAAGAGCAGAAUGAUGCAAUCAACCAUGACACCAAGGAGCUGGAAAAGAUGACCAACAGACAGGGCAUGCUGCUCAAGAAAAAGGAAGAGUGCAUGAAGAAGAUCAGAGAGCUGGGUUCGCUACCCCAGGAAGCCUUUGAGAAGUACCAGACCCUCACACUAAAACAGUUGUUCCGAAAAUUGGAGCAGUGCAACACAGAGCUCAAGAAAUACAGUCAUGUCAACAAGAAGGCUCUGGACCAGUUUGUCAACUUCUCUGAGCAGAAGGAAAAGCUCAUCAAGCGUCAAGAUGAGUUGGACCGUGGCUACAAAUCCAUCAUGGAACUCAUGAACGUCUUGGAGUUGCGGAAGUACGAGGCCAUCCAGCUCACCUUCAAACAGGUGUCCAAGAAUUUCAGUGAAGUUUUCCAGAAGCUGGUGCCUGGAGGCAAAGCAACGUUGGUGAUGAAGAAGGGUGACACAGAAGGCAGCCAGUCCCAGGAUGAGGGCGAGGGCGGUGCAGACAGUGAGAGGGGGUCCGGCUCGCAGAGCAGCGUGCCCUCAGUGGACCAGUUCACUGGAGUCGGCAUCAGGGUGUCAUUCACAGGGAAACAGGGUGAAAUGAGAGAGAUGCAGCAGCUCUCUGGGGGUCAGAAGUCUUUGGUGGCUUUGGCUCUGAUUUUCGCCAUCCAGAAGUGUGACCCCGCACCUUUCUACCUGUUUGAUGAAAUUGACCAGGCCCUCGACGCCCAACACAGGAAGGCUGUCUCAGACAUGAUUGUGGAGUUGGCGGGUCAUGCCCAGUUCAUCACCACCACCUUCAGGCCUGAGCUGCUGGAGUCUGCUGACAAGUUCUACGGUGUCAAAUUCAGAAACAAGGUGAGUCACAUCGAUGUGAUCACAGCAGAGCAGGCCAAAGACUUUGUGGAGGAUGACACUACCCAUGGUUAAGUCUUCAGCUCCUGCUCCUCCUGCAUCCUCCGCCUCUACACUGCACUGUGUGGCUCACGACUCACAACUGGCCUGAAAAGACACAAAUAUCUCAGUCAACCCAGCAGCCUUUUUUAGUCUCCUGUCACAGAUACAGAUGAUAUGAGAUGCUCAGACUAGUACUGAAACCAACCACUUGAAUUGGAAAUGUUUAGAUGCAUACAAACAACCCACUUUUCAAAGGAUUGCUUUUACUAAUGUACUUUAUCCCAUGUUCCUGUGCAGCUAUAGCUGUGUGCCUCAGUCACUCCUCAAAGAAUCAUUUAAAACAAUUUUCUUUCACACUGAAAAAAAAAAGAAAUUUUUCCUGAAGAAGCCCUGUAUAAAGCACUCAUUUCCCUCUUUUUUUUUUUUUUUUUUUUUUUACUUUGGUAAAAUUCUCAUCAAGGUCAUUUGACAGGAUUGUCCGAAACUCUAAAGGACCUUUGCAGAAAGCAGAUAUUCUUGUGUACAGUUCAGACAGUUUUGAGAUGACUGUCAGUGAUUGUUAAACUGAAACCCUAACACUCAGUAGAAGAGAUGAGUCACUUCAGAGUUUUGUUGUCGUCGUUGCCACCGUUGAAAUGCAGCUUGACCAGAGUCCAGGCUCACUCUGGGGUUUCUGUAAUCUAUACUUUGUAUUUCUGAAACUGCGCUAACAUGUAUCUGUCUGAAGAUGUUUGUCUUACUUUUGUUUUUAUUUUUAAGAAGGUUGUGGUUCCUUUUUAUGGUUGUUGCAGUACUGUGUAAUUUCCUGUUUUAGUUCAUAUGAAAGGUUUCAUUCCAACACUGUAUCUAUUUUGGAAAUUAACCAAGUCCUCUGAAUUUGAAUAAAAAAAAUAAAUAAGCACCGA